AUGCAGCUUUUUGCCUGUCAGGUCCCCUUCACGACUCCACCACCAGCUGCCCAGCUGGCCUCCAUUUUCCCCCAAGUGAAGGCUUGGUCAGGUCAACAUGGUUCUUCUGGGGAGGAGAGCCUGGCCACCACCCAAUCCAGGCCUUCGCUGCAUGACUCCUCCUGUAACCCUAAGAGCGUUUACAAGAACUAUCGAUGUUGGCAAUGCUUCAAGUCCCUGGCCCAGAGGCACCAUCCCCAAAGUCCUGAUACAGAAGCUCUUUCCUCUGUGAAAGAGUAUGUCGAAAUCAUGGAAGGUCUGCUUGGACCUGCCCAUUCGGCCAGUGUGGAGCCAGAUGCAAAAUAUGAAGAAGAGGAAUAUGAGCAACAACAGGAAGACACUGGGAUGUACCCAGACCCAGGACUCCUGAGCUACAUUGACGACCUGUGUUCACAAGAAGAAUUUAUUACCAAGGCAGAAGCAGUUAUUCACCCUCAAUUCCUGGAAAUGUUAUUAUCACCAGAAUCACAGAUAGAUCCCAUGUCCUUAACACAGAAGCUGGAGGAAGAAGAAGGGCUUACUCUCACCCAGGUAAACCAGAGGAGGAAGGGAAAAUAAUACCAUGAAACCCACAAGAUUUCACCUAACCUAAGAGUGCCUCGGCUGCACAGCUUCUGGGGAAGGUCAGCUUCACGUGUGGAAGCAGAUGCAGAACCAGGAGGUAGGAGACAAUGGAGUGGCUGAGAGGAAGAGCGAUAAGGAAUUGUGGCUGGGAAAACCACACAGGAGGAUGGACAAGUAGAGCUGCAGUACUGUUAUUGAACCACACUCAUUUCACUGACUUCCCUGAUUCCUGUCCCAAUAUCAUGCUCUCCACCACCAGCUCAUCCAUGUGUUCUCACAACCUGUACAGAAUCAGUAAUUACACAUUUUCCUUCCUUCCAGCUGGUAGAGAAGUGACUACUGGAAUUGAAAGGAGAAGUGGGUGUGGACGCACCCCCAACUUAUGGUAUGCCAACCAUGGAGUCACUCUCUACAGAAUAUGACACCAGUCAAGACUCAGGGAGCAUAGAUAACCAUGGUCUUCAGCUAGGGAUCAGCGAGAAAACGGGCACAAGAAGGUUGAAUGC